UUAUGUGAAUUAUAAUGCUGCAAAGCCUUUAAAUCUUUUUGAUAAUAAAUCACCAAAUGGAGAUUAUUUUACAUUAGAAACAUGGAAAAGAUUACGUGAUGAAGAAAUGGACUUAGAAUUUCGAAAACCGCCAAAGAAUGCUUUUGAUGAAAUGAUUCAAAUGACCAAAGAAGGUAAAUUAUGGAGUUAUCCAAUUGAUAAUGAAGCUGGAUUGGAGGAAGAAGCAAAAGUACCUUUUUAUGAUCAUAUAUUUCUUGAUCAUCUUCUUGAAGGAAUCCCAGAAUCUGGUCCAGUUCGAGAGUUUAUUGAUAUAAUGAUGAUUGGUGUGACUAAUAAUGCAUUUAUAACUGUAGAAAGAAAACAUGCAAUUGUUAAAUGGUAUGUGGAUUUUUUCAAAGAGAAAGAGCAAAUUUUAAGGGAAUGUGGUGCUCUUUAAAAUAUCAAUAUAUCUUUGUAUAAUUUAAAAUCUGUUGUAUAGUCAUAGAUUCCUUAUUAAAAUAAUUGAACCUCAAA